ACGGCAUUAUUGUAAAAUGGUAUUAAAAUUUAAAGUAACUGUCUUAAUAUAUUUUAAAAUGUAAUUUAUUCCUGUGUUGGCAAAUCUAAAUUUUAAUUAUAUAGAAAUAUGUAGUAAAAAUAUAAAUAAAUUAACUUUAUAAAAUAAACAAAUGUACUUACACUACUAAUAAAUAAAUACUAUAUAAAAUAUAUUACAAACAGACAAACAAACAAACAAAUAAAUAAAUAAGUAAAAACAUUUAUUUAUUUAUUAAAUAAACAAAUAGCUUAAAUAUAAAAUGUAUAUAAUGUGCACUAACAUUCAAAAGUUAGGGUGAGUAUUUUUUUUUUCUUUUGAAAGAAGUCUCUUAUUUGUUGGCAAAUCUUGCUGACUACUGAACAGUAGUUUAUGUAUGUAAAAUGAUAGUUCUUUUAAGAUUCCUUAAGUAAGAUAGCUGUUGACAUACUAAAAUGUUUAACUGAGCAAAGUUUAAGACAAUUUUAGUAACCUAAAAUAUUUGUGAUUUAUAUUUUACUUAAUUUAUUUAUUUUAUUAAUCAUUCUUUUUUUAAUUAAAAAAAGUUUUGGCAAAAGUAAGUGUUGGCAAAUAUAAAAUAUUUGUGAUCUACCCUUUGCUUGCUUUUUUUAAUUAGAUUAAAUUAGAUUAAAUUAAAAAUAUCAUUAUUAAAUCAAAAAUAUUAAGUUAAAAAAAAAGUAAUUUAUGUAUAUAUAAAAUGUAUAUAAUGUGCACUACCAUUCAGAAGUUUGGGGUUGGUAAGUUGUAUGGUUUUUCCUCUCAAAAAAUCUGAAAAGUAGGACACCUCACUUUGUUCUGUGUUUAAUCUCAUCACUGUGAGCUGAAACAACUAACACAUUAAAUUGUUCUCAUUUGUGUUCCUCCUUCCGAUGGGAAGUAAUGACCCCAGUUUUUUUUUUGAUUCAUUCACUCAUAUGAUUGCUUUAAAUAUAGCACAUCUCAGAAGAGGAGGUGGAGGGUGCUUCGGUUUUUCCUCAGUUCCUCUGCUCUUCCAGUCAGUGCUCUGCCGUUGUGACCUACUUCCUCUCUUCCAUGACCCACUUCCUGCACUUCCACUCUGACCUACCGCUUGCAUCCGCCGGCGGUGCCAGUCUCAACCAGGCCUCUUGUAUAACUUGUGAGCGGGGUUCAGUCUUAAGCUGCGACACACACACACACACACACACACACACACACACAUGUUUGUUUUUGUGAAUUGUGUGGACUUUCCAUAGACUUCUAUAGAUUUUAUACUGACCAAACGAUAUUGUCUAUGCCCUAACCCAACCCUAACCCUAAACCUAGCCCUCACAGAAAACAUCUUUGCAUCGUUACACUUUCAGAUAAACAUCAUUUACUAUUUUUAAUAAUAGUAAGGCCGGUCCCCACAAUGUCAAAAAUUUCAGGUUUUACUAUCCUUGUGGGGACAUUUGGUCCCCACAAUGUAGCAAAAACAAGUACAUACACACACACACACACACCCUUAGAGGCGAAUGGAGUCAAUGACUAAUUCUCUCCUCAGUCUGUGGGUGGCGCAGACGGAGACUACAUGUCCUUGGCAUGGAGCUAUUGUGUUCACACUCCUUCUGGAAGGCGAUAGCAGUGUGUCAGGCAGGCCUUGGGGCGAAACAAGAUGGUACUCAUUGAGGAGAAAAGAAUCUGCUUUAGUUGAGAUCAUUUCAUUCAGCUGAACAAAUGAGCACAGUGAAGGUUUUAUAUUGACUGCAGACGUGCAAUAAUUGGAUUUCAUAUAUAUGUACCUCAGUUCUGAAUCAGUUCCAAGGACUGGAUGAAAGAACACACUGAAAUGCAAUAAUGUAUUAGCUUGCAUUUAUUAUGUGGAAUGUAAAUGCCCGUAGAAGAAAUAUCAUAAAUUAAAUCUCCUUAAGAGUUGUUACAUUAACAUUUAUGCAGGUGUCAGAUGCAUUUAUUCAGGUGCAUUCACGUUUACGUUCUCACAUGUGGCUGUAGUUAAAAAAAAUACUCUAAAAUUUUUACAAAUAAUUUUCAGUAAUUUAAAUAAAGCCUAAAUAAAAUUAAAUAUUAGUUAAAAACAAUUUUUUUAAUGAAAAUUAGAAAUAUUGCCUUGCCAACUAACUGAAAUAAGUUAGUCUGAAGUACUAAAACAACUAAAACUAAAACUGAAAUAAAAAAAUAAUGCAAUACUGUAAAAAUUAAAAAUUAAAAAUUAAAUACUUAGUAAUGUCACAUGUGGCUAUUGCUAAAUAAAAUCUAAAAUUAUUAAAAAUAAUUUUUAGUAAUUGAAAUGAAGCUGAAAUAAAGUAAAAAAACAAAAAAACAAACAAAAAAAAAACUAAACACACAAAUGAAAUAUUUAAAAUAUUGCCAUUUGAAGUACUAAAAUGACGAACUAAAACUGAAAUAAAAACUAAUUAAAGCUAUAUAAUUUUUUACUUUUUUUAUACUAGAACUUAUAAAAAUGACAAAAACAAUUAUUUUGCUAAAACUUAAACUAAAAUGAAAAUGUUAUUAAAACAAACUAUUAAAAUUAAAAUUAAAUUAAAAUAAAGCUAAAAUAAAAUUUAAAUACAAAUAUUAAAAAACAAAAAAAAAAAAAAAAAAUGUAAAUUGAAAUUAGAAUUAUUGCCUUGGCAACUAACUUAAGUUCACGCUGAAGUACUUAAAGGGGUCAUCGGAUGCCCAUUUUCCACAAGUUGAUAUGAUUCUUUAGGGUCUUAAUGAAAAGUCUAGCAUAUACUUUGGUUAAAAAUUCUCAAUGGUAGUGUAAAACAACACCCUUUGUACCUUGUAAAAAUCAGCUCUGCAAAAAUCACCCUGUUCUGGUCGAGGUUGCUUUAAAUGUUAAUGAGCUCUGCUCGCCCCGCCCCUCUCUUCUCUCUGUUAAAAUAAAGCUGAAAUAAAAUUUAAAUACACUUGGCAACUAAUUGAAAUAAAUAAGUUAAAUUUAAGCACUAAACAACAAACUGAAACUGAAAUAAAAAUUAAUUUAAACUAUAUAGAAAUAUUUUUUAAAAAACUAAAACAUUAAAAUGACAAAAGUGCAUAAUUAUUUUACUAAAACUUAAAUUAGAAUUAAAAUGUAGAUGUUAACUGAAACAAACUAUAUUAAAAUUAAUUGGAAAAAAAGCUAAAAAUAAAACAAUUUAAACAAAUAUUAAAUGGAAAACCUAAAAACUUGGAAAUUGUAAAUUAAAAAUAUUGCCUUGGCAACUGAAAUAAGUUGUAAGUUGAAAAUUAUGUAAAGCUGUAUUUAAAUAAAUUAAUUAAUUAAAAUGACAAAAGCAAUGAAAACUGAAAAUAUAAAAAGUACAAAUUCAAAAUAAUAAUAAAUACUGUAAAAGUGUGUAUAAAUAAUACUAAAGUAACACUGUCUCUCUCAGAUAUGUCAGAAUACUUAAUAUUUGCAAAAAAGAAAAAGAAAGGAUGAACUCUAAUUUCUCAAAAAUGUGCAUUUGCAAAACACAUUGGCUGUACUAAUACUGAAACUGAGGAAAAUAUUUUUUGAUUUGACAUCAGUUUUCACUCAGCUUUUCUCUAAUUCUCUAAUUCUCUAAUUUUUCUCUAAAGAGCAGAGCUGAGUCAAACCCAUCAUGUACAUGAUUUCAGUCAUAACUCAUUUUUGACAAAGCAUGAACAUGUAAAAAAUAUAUAAAUAUGUUUAAUCUUUGUAGGUCAAUGUGGUGCCCACAGUCAUUUUAUAGCUCAAUAAUCUCACUACGUCAACAAUCGUCUCAUUUGCAUCUUUUAUUUCUUUAUACCUCAAUUAAGUUUAUGAAAGAGCAGCCUCUGAGCCUUCUCCUCGGACGGGCUUUGAAGUGCUUAUGUGGACUUUUUCCUUAUAAUUUCCCUUCGGAGAAGAGUGACAUACAUGCUGCUGAAGCAGGAUAUUGUCUUUCAAGUCUUCCUGUCUCAGUCUGCUGACCAAUGAGACAGAACCGACCGGUGCGUGCACUCGAUAACCCGUCUCUGGGAGUGUGUGGCGCUGAAGACCCAACAGCACACACACGCAUUUGCACUCACUCGACAAAAAGCCCAAACACGGGGGAAUUAGGAGGAAAAUAAAGCAGCAUUCCACAGAUGCCACAGCUUCCUGAAGGACGCGGGCAACGUGACCUUUCGUCUGUUUGUUUCAUGCAUGGCGUGUGUGUCCUCUGCUCUCAAUGAACUCAAAGGAAGCGCUUUAAUGAGGGGGCGAUUCUUCAAGCGGGAGGGUCUCGAACACAAACACAGGCGGGGAGUGAACUCCUUCACACCGUUUAGCGCUCAUUCCCACAUCCAUUACAAACACAAACGUAAUACUUCCCUAUCAGCUUUUUGUAAAUGAACCCUGAUAAACCCGCUGUGUUGAGAGUAAUGUUAUUGUAUGAAUGCUGAGGAAGUUCUUCUCUUUUCUUUCCCUUGUAGGAUAACAAUAGUGAAAGCUAUUUGAGGCCACAGGUUCUAGGAAUCACGUGCAGCGCUUUAUUUACCAUCUAUAGUUCACAGGAAGUAUCAUUUCCAACUUUCCACUAAGGAUGUUUGUGUAAUUGCUUUGCCUUAAGCAUAUUUACUUUUUGGUUCAUGCAUGUGCAGCUGUUGUUAUGUUUAACCUUUUUUAUUAAUCAUUGUAGUAAUAGGAACACUUAAUACUGCAUGCAGUUCUCAAUCUAUUAAUGUGUCAUAAAGUCAUAACAGUAUACUUUACAAUACUACACAUACAAUACGUAAUUAUAAGAAAAUAGAUUAUGAUUAAUAUAUGGGCCGUCCUACAGAAUUGGUUCAAAGUCAGAGUUGGAAAUAAUGUCUUGUAUGUAUGCAAAUUGUUUAAUAUCCAAGGUACACAUUUGUGCAGUUAAUUCUCAUAUUGUAUUUUCAGAACAUUUUGGAAUAUUUGUCCUCUUCCUAAAUUUGUCACUACCGAAACACAUUAAUAUAUAAUUAAAAAAGAAGGGUCAUACUGACCUUGGCUUACAUCUUCCUUGUAAAUAUAUAUUUUUCUAUUUUAUUAAAGGUAAAUCAGAGGUAAAAUAAUAACAAUUACAAUUUUGUUGUAUUUUAAAUCCAGUUUUUCUUAGUAAAUAGCAAGAAGUUGAUCAUACUGAUUUCAGACUUAAGGAUUCAUUAGUCUGAAUAUACACUGAACCAAAUAACAUAACAUCUCAGUUGAUAAUUAAAUAUACUUUAUUUUUGUCAAAACAUCCCAUGUUUCGGUAGUGACUGCACAUUUUUAGUAGUAACAGUAAUGUUUUGGUAGCGACCACAUUACAUUACAGAAUAAUAUGACAUACUAAAAUACAAAAAAUUUGCAUACCCCCCCCCCCCAAACAAAGUGUAUGUGUUUCCUAUUUUCACUACAGAAACAAUGACUGUUGAUAGUGACAAUUUUAUGGGAACACACAAAAAAAUACAAAGAUGUCACUACCGAAACUUCACCAAAUGAUUCAGUCUCGACUGUCAUGGUAGUCACACCCCUCCAUCCCCCCAAAAACAACAAAAUGCUGUCAUCUACCAAAAAUUCACCAAAAACAAAAAGAUGUCACUACCGCAAUUUCACCAAAUGUUUUGGUAGAGACAAUUUAUGUUUCGGCUGUGACUGUUUCGGUAGUGGCAGUUUUAUGGGAUAACACCCAAAAAAAACCCCAAAGAUGUCACUACCAAAACAUCACCAAAUGUUUCGGCUGUGACUGUUUUAUGGGAUAACACUCCCCCCACAUCCCCGAAAAAACAACAACAAUGGUGUCACUACCGAAAAUUCACCAAAUGUUUCGGUAGUAACUGUUUUAUGGCAUAACACCUGAAAAAAACAAAGAUGUCACUACCAAAACUUUACCAAAUGUUUUGGUCGUGACUGUUUUGGUAGUGACAAUUUUAUGGGAAAACACAAAAACCCCCCAAAGAUGUCACUACUGAAAAUUCAACAAAUGUUCUGGUCGUGACUGUUUUGGUAGUGAGAAUUUUAUGGGACAACACCCAAAAAAACCCCAAAGAUGUCACUACCAAAACUUCACCAAAUGUUUUGGUCAAGACUGUUUUGGUAGUGACAAUUUUAUGGGAUAACACCGGAAAAAAACAAAGAUGUCACUACCAAAACUUCACCAAACGUUUCGGCCGUGACUGUUUUAUGGGAUAACACCCAAAAAAAACCUCAAAGAUGUCACUACCGAAUCUUCACCAAAUGUUUUGGUAGUGACUGUUUUGAUAGUGACGAUUUUGAGAUAACACCCAAAAAAACAAAAACGUCACUACCGAAUCUCCACCAAAUGUUUUGGUCAUGACAUGAAAGUACGGAACACUUUUUUUUUUUUUUUUUUUUUUAAACAAAAUAAAAUAUAGAAUAGUUUUUUUAAGAUUCACUUUUUUAAAAAUCAAAAAGAUAUUUUUAAACACAACAGCAAUGGGAUAAAAUGCAAAAGUGAUUUCAAUAUAAUUUUCAUAAGUUGAAAUUUGAGGGUUAGGGUUCUGGCCAGCCACCUCCCAACUGCAAGUUCCCACUAAAUGAUGAUUAUAUAUAUAUAUAUAUAUAUAUUAAGCUUGCUUAUAUUUUAAAUAUUAUUGUGGGUUUCAAUAGAUAAUAACAUGAUCUUGGUAAACAUCUAAGAUUUGAAUACUCCAGUGCUUUUUAAAUGUUUUUUUUUUUUUUGGUUGUGGGACAGCAGUUUGCACCAAUUUUGAAGAAUGUCCAUUAAAAAAAAAGUUACUGCUUCAACUAUGGCCUUUCUUAUAAGUGCACAGGAAUUCGUGCCAUUUUCGUGAUUUAACAGAGGGAUAAAGCUUUAAUAACAUCAGGUUUAAUAUAAUAUAAUAAAACAUAAUAAAGUAAUAAAGUAAUUUAAACAGCAAAUAAUUAUCGUUUAAUGUCGAAAGUUAUGUAUGCUACAGUGUGCAAUCAGUCGUCGCAAAAGUCUGCAAAAACCUAAUAAUAAUUCGGCUGAUAAUAAUUUCAGUAAAAUAUGAUUACUGCAAAACUGACAGGCUUAGGUACAGUAGAGAAAACUGUUACUAGCAAGUAUUUCACUCAGAUCUAGGCAGAGCGCUAUAGAUUUAUGGGUGACUACUUCCAUCUAGUGUUCACAGUGAGGAACUGCGCAAUGACAUUUUGAUCAAUGCAUUAUGACGCAUACUGUAAUGGUUAAAAAUAAUGAAUAGCAAUUAUUUAAUGUGGAAAAAUAAAUAAUGACAUAAUUUGUGAUUUAUUUAUUCAUCAUGGCGUUAUUUGUUGUACUGCUUUUGAUUUAUGAACUAUGUUACCAAACAACGAUUUAUCAUAUCUUUAUUGCAGCAAUCUAAUGAGAAUAAUAAUUUGGAAUAAUAAGAAAUAGGGGUUAUGCGAAACUCUGGAAAGUUAGUAGCAGGAUUUUGUGAAACUUUUUGGAGUGCAGAUUCGAAACACUUCUUUUUUUUUUAAUGCACCACUCAUGCAAUAAUAAUUCUAUUUAUGUAUCUUCUGUGUUGCCCUGCUGUCCUCUGUUCCGCCGUAUACUGUACAUUAUAGUAAACGUGGUUACAAAGAAUGUAAGUGUUGUAAAGAACAUACACGUCUUCGUCUAAUAAAACUCAAACCCCAUUGGUCCGCUCCCAUGCACCUGUUCGUCAUUUCAACCAAUCACAGCGCGACGUCACGCACCUCCAAGAUGGCGACGUCCAUCCAGAACCGCUGUAGGCAUAUUCUGUGCUGGCAAAAUACCCACAGUAACUAAUCAAAACAAAGUAAGACACAUGCGGCAGUACAACUAAUAAUAUCGUUUUCGCUGUUGGAUAUCUGCACUUGUCGGUUGACGGCGUGGGGUUCGCUUUCCUGGUUGUUUGAGAAUGAAAUUGGGCGUCCUCUCGCCAUGGCCACCGACAACAGGAUUCAUUUCUGGAGGAGAAACCCAAAGGUUCCUGGGAGAUUAAAAGAUACUCCAAAGGCUAGUAGUGUGAACACCAAAUCCAAAAAACCUUCCACUUUCCAUGAAUUUGCUCGGAGCACCAAUGAUGCAUGGGACAUUGAUGAUGAAGAGGAUGACGGUAUGUUUAGUCUCAAACAGCCCUCAUCUUCACCUGUCCAAUCACGAUCCAUGCCUCAAACGCCCUGCCUCAAGCUCAUCAAAGCCCCAGAGCAUACAGAGCCACUGCCCCGUCUGUUGGACAGACAAGAGCCAAUCAGCACAAACCCCAAUCAAGAUCGACUGGACGUCGAAAGCGGACCAGCCAAUGGCAGGGUGGUAAAGUCCUGUAGCGACGCCCAGCUGAAUGUUAAUGCAGCUCGCAAUACCCUGCAGAAACAGCAGUCACUUCCCGUACGUCCCGUCAUUCCAUUAGUUGCCCGCAUUUCGGACCAAAACGCCUCAGGAGCUCCACCCAUGACGGUGAGAGAGAAGACUCGAUUGGAUAAAUUCAAGCAGCUACUUGCCAGUCCCAACACAGACCUGGAGGAGUUACGGAAACAUAGCUGGUCAGGAAUCCCUCGUGAGGUUCGGCCAGUCACCUGGAGACUCUUAUCGGGCUAUCUUCCAGCCAAUAGAGAACGAAGGGAUCUGGUUCUCCAGAGGAAGAGAGAGGAGUAUUUUGGCUUCAUCGAGCAGUAUUACCACUCCAGAACAGAUGAGAAUCACAGAGACACAUACAGACAGAUUCACAUCGAUAUCCCGAGGACGAAUCCUUUGAUUCCUUUGUUCCAGCAGCCGCUGGUGCAGGAGGUGUUUGAGCGUAUUCUGUUCAUCUGGGCCAUCCGUCAUCCCGCUAGUGGAUACGUGCAGGGCAUUAAUGACCUGGUCACUCCCUUUUUUGUGGUCUUCCUCUCUGAAUUCGUGGAGGAAGACGUGGAGAAUUUCGAAAUGGCAAGCUUGCCCCUGGAUUCGCAACGGAACAUCGAAGCCGACAGCUUUUGGUGCAUGAGCAAAUUGCUGGAUGGGAUACAGGACAACUACACAUUUGCCCAGCCUGGGAUUCAGAUUAAAGUGAAGGCGCUGGAAGAACUUGUUAGCAGAAUAGAUGAGGAUGUCCACGUGCACUUUCAGAAGUGUGAGGUGGAGUAUCUGCAGUUUGCUUUCCGCUGGAUGAAUAAUCUGCUGAUGCGGGAGCUGCCGCUGCGCUGUACCAUUCGCCUGUGGGACACCUACCAGGCGGAGUCAGAGGGAUUCUCCCAUUUCCACCUCUACGUGUGCGCCGCCUUCCUCAUCAAAUGGCGCAAAGAGAUCCUCUCCAUGGUGGACUUUCAGAGCCUGCUAAUGCUCCUGCAGAACCUUCCCACAAUACACUGGGGCAACGAAGAGGUGGGUUUACUCCUGGCAGAGGCCUACAGACUCAAAUACAUGUUCGCUGACGCUCCAAGCCACUACAAGAGAUGAGAACCCGCAAACGGACCCUGCGAAAGCCAGACGAUGAUCUGACCUAACAACGGGAUCAGUCCAAACGGCACUUCUUCGCUCGGUUUAAUCUGACACGGCGACGAUAGAGCGCGCUAAUUUUCUCCAGUGACGUCAAAUUUGUGUCAUCGUCUGUUACAAUUCACGAUCAAGAACGAGACGGCGUAGGCAACCGCAGACAAAACGGAUAUUUCGGAAAAAACCUCCCAGAGAUCUUGAUGGCUGACAGUUCAAUUUGCCUGCAGAUGACUUCAGAAGAUAUCUGACAGUGAGAUGCCGAGGAAAAGAAAGCUCUUAUGUGAGCGUAUCAAACUAAAAACAGAAGGACGUGGCAUUCUAGACUUCCCUUUAUUUGUUACCUCAGAUGUGGAGAAACCAUCAUGUGGCAGAUCUUCAUUUUUUGUGUUCUCCCUCGCCGACGUUCUCGUGUUUUGUUAUUAGACCAUAAUGUGAUCUCCUCGGCCCCUUUGCUCAUUGCCACAUCGAUUGUACCGCACGCAGGUACACGGGUCGAUUCCCAUCCGUAAUCACUCUGCGUUAUUGAAGCCUUGCAAUACAUGAAACUACGGCAGCCGUAAAGGGUCUUUUCUUAAGAGCGUUACGGAUUCGAAGAAUCAAUAUGCAACCGCCUGAGCGUUGCGUUUUGGGGUUUUUAUGUUUUUUAGAAUCAUUAGACUGUGAAUUUUAACAGUUCUUAAACAGUGGCUUUGUAUGCAUAAUUAUAAAGCUCUUGCACAAUUGUUUCUUAGAAAAUGAGUACUUUUAGAGCUUUAGUAUUAGCGUUCGACUACUACUGAGGUGUCGUUUCAGCAAAAACUGCGGUGAAAUAUUAGUGUGACAUUAUAGAGAAUGAAUCAGAGUGAUAUGAGGUCAGCCUGUGAGACUGGAGUCCUGUUGAAAGCAAACUACUGACUUAGAGACGGACUGAAGGGUUUUGGUUUUCACUGGAGCGUGGACCGACGCGGCGCAAAUCAUAAUCUUAAAUACUGCCGGAGAACGGCAGAUGAAAUCUCAAACCACUGUGAAAAGGCAUUCGCACAUCCGUCGGAUCUCCCAGGGCAACCGAAUUAUGCAGAUGUUUAUGCUAAUCAGAUGUAGAUGAUCUGAUUAUCUCCCUUUUCCCUUUGAACCCUCGUUUCACCUUUCGGUGUAUUUAUUAACCCUCUGGUUGUGUUCGGAUUCCUGUCACACCUCUGAUGUUCCCGGUCAAAAAUGACCAGACUCCAAACAAUUGCUUAUAAAUCUCUCAUUAUGCUAAAUUAGCACUAAAUAUUGGAUUCAUUCUUUUUGUCAACUUGUUUUCUUUCAUUUAGGACUGGUUUUGUGUUAUUAUUUGCAUCUGAUUAAUCGUAGGUCUCAUUUAUCGAAAAGUAGGUACCUCGUCUUUUGACUGAAAUAAAAAAAAUAUUAUGAAUAAUUUUCACAUUAUUAAAUAAAAACUUUAAGCAAAUUAUUUAAUUUUAAUACAGUUUUGCACUGUUUUCACUCAAAAGAGGCCUACGAUUAAUCAGAUGCAAAUAGAAACACAAAACCAGUCCUAAAUGAAAAAAACAAGUUGACAAAAAGAAUUAAUCAAAUAUUUGGUGAUAAUAUAGCAUAAUGAGAGAUUUAUAAACAGUUGUUUGAAGUCUGGUCAUUUUUGACCGGAACACUACAAGUGUGACUAGGUGAAAUAAAACCCGCAAAAAAUAACAAAAAUGCAAAAAAAAAUUAAAAGAAGUACUUAUACCCUGUGUGAACAAAGUCAGCAACUUUGAGUCCAAUGUGAUAACAUUAACUAGUAUUUUCGUGAAAAAGAAAACCUUCACCGGGUCAAUUUGACCCAAACACAACAAGAGGGUUAACUGCAGGCUGAUACGUUUUGAUUGGUGAUUAAUUGUUCACCUUCUGAAUCUUCCCGAACGUGAUCUUUCUAAAUCGGCGUGUAAAGCGAAUGUUUUCAUUAAAGCCUCUAAUCAUUUCGUAUAACUUGGACCAAAACCCUGCAUGGAUAAUCUGAAUAAUAAAUUAAAUAAGUGUCUUUCUGCUUUAAUUAUUGAAGCAAGCGGAGUGUAUUGAUUAGACGGAGGUGUCAGAAUCAGUUAAAAGUGACGCCGUUGAACUUCAAGUUCAGCGCUGUGGAGUUUGCUGAUGUUAAACGCUUGAAUAAUGUACGUUUUGUCAGCUCGCUGUCCUUAUUCAUCCGUCAGUGACAUUUGAAACCACCUGCGCCAUACGGUCUCGCUGUUACAAAUCUAUUUUUGAUGAAGUGUUUGCGGUGCUGCACUCUUUUUUUUUUUUGAAGUGGACUGGAAUGUAUUUUUUUUUUCCUGUCGGUGUAUGUCUUUAUGUCUUUGCAUAAUUUAAUGAGCUCAUAUUCACUCCAGAGAUAAUUAGUUUGCUCGUCACCUUUUUAACGUGCGCUAAUGAAGGGUUGACUUAUUGUCGAGGGUUGAUAUGGCUGACCCUGGUGAGGUGACGGAGCAGUAAUUAUUCAUGAGACGCGUCGAGUGAACUUACAGAUUAGCACACAGUUUUAGUCUUUUGAAUGUUGUGAAUGUCUGAAUUGAUUGUAUUAAUGAAUCUUGUUCAAGUCGACAUGAAAUCAAAAUAGGCGGCAUUUGCUUUAUAAAUGCACAUUGCUGGUUUUAUUAUGUGCAAGAGAUUGACCCUGGACCACAAAACCAGUCUUAAGUAGUACGGGUAUAUUUGUAGCAAUAGCCAACAAUACAUUGUAUGGGUCAAAAUUAUCAAUUUAUCUUUUAUGCCAAAAAUCAUUAGGAUAUUAAGUAAAGAUCAUGUUACAUGAAGAUAUUUUGUAGAUUUCCCACCAUAAUUUUUGAUAGGUAAUAUGCAUUGCUAAGAACUUCAUUUAGACAACUUUAAAGGUGAUUUUCUCAAUAUUAUGAAUUUUUUGCACCUUCAGAUUCCCAAUAUUCAAAUAGUUGCAGCCCGGCCAAAUAUUGUCAUAUCCUAAACCAUACAUCGAUGGGAUCGAUGUAUAAAUCUCAGUUUCAAAAAACUGACCCUUAUGACUGGUUUUGUGGUCCAGAGUCACAGUUGGCUUUCGUAAUCUGUCUCUGAAACAACUUUUUUGCUGAUGUCGCUUAGUCUAAUAGAUCAUGUUAACCAGUAAAUUGCUCUUGAGAAUGAACUUGACCUUCAUUCUCAAUGUCAACCUCUUAAAAUGUGGGUUUUGUGCAGACUUAUCCCCCUUUCUCAACGCCUGAUCAAAAGCGUAACGUUAUAUCUUGCAUUAGUGUUUUAUAAUCAGUUAAAGUGCACAUCCAAUGUCCAUUUUCCACAAGUUCGUAAGAUUCUUUAGGGUCUUCGUGAAAAGUCUGUAACAUACUUUGGUUGAAAUCCCUCACCCAUUUUAUCUUGUCAAAAAACGGCUCUGUUCACAGCGGCCUGUUUCGGUGCAUGUCUCUUUAAAUGAUAAUGAGCUCUGCUCACCCCGCCCCCUCUCUUCUGUUUUUGGUGUUUUAGUGAAAAUUAAAAUAAUCUAUUUGUUUUUACAUCCAACUACAAAACACCUGCAUUGCUUAUGAGACACUGUUGUCACUAUAGCUACUCGAGCACGAGAAAAUGUUGGACGGCAUACAACUUGUUGAGGGCGGGAAUAUGCUAAUACAGGACGGUCAGUCAACGGUCGUGGGUGGAGCUUGAGCAAUAUCUCAUCAUACUGCUCUGAAAAUCAAAACGGCUUGAUAAUUGAGACUGGUAGAAUAAAAGAAAAAUGAGUGAAUGGAUUUUUAUCAUUGUAGGGUGGUUGUGUUCACACACUGUGAAAACAUAUUUAUAUGCAAACAUCCAAUGUCUGCUCUAAUGCUGUGCCAAGCUGUUAAUUUCUUAACCAAAGCCUAAUUGGAAGGGAGAUAAUUAGUUAAACCAUUUUCAGAUUGAGCAAUUUAAUGUGAUAUUUAAUUUAAAAUAGAAAAAAAGUUUAAGAAUAAAUAAAGAGUGAAUUUGAAAAAACAGGUAAUGUGUUUAUUGUGCAUUCCAAUUAAUGUGUCAAACUGCUGUUGGGUUAUUUUUAUUUUUAAAAAUAACAAAAAUAAGAAAUACUGCUAACACAGUAAAACACAAUAAAAACACAAAAACGUAUUUUUUGGAACUGUUUAAGAGUUUUUUUCAUAUAAACUCCUCAAAUAUACUACAAUUCAAAAGCUUGGGCUGGGUAAGAUUUUUUUUUUUAAACGUUUUUGAAAUAGCUCUCUUAUUCUUAUCAAGGCUGCAUUUAUUUGAUCCAAAAUAUAGUAAAAUUGUGAAAUAUUAUUACAAUUUAAAAUGACUGUUUUCUAUUUGAAUAUAUUUAAAAAUGUAAUUUAUUCCUGUGAUGCAAAGCUGAAUUUUCAGCAUCAUUACUCCAGUCAUCAGUGUCACAUGAUCCUUCAGAAAUCAUUCUAAUAUUCUGAUUUGCUCAAGAAACAUUCCUUAUUUUUUUUUAAAAAAUGGAAACGUAAUGAAUAGAAAGAACAGCAUUUAUUCAAUAUAGAUUUUUUUUAUAUACAUCAUAAAGUCUUUACUGUGACUUUUGAUCAAUUUAUUGCCUUCUAGCUGCAUAAAAGUAUUAAUUUCCUAAAAAAAAAAGUUUUUGAAUGGACGAGUACACCAUAAAAGCAAUUUCAAUCGUUUCUAUUAGAACACCCAUAAAUCAGUCUCAGCCAGCAGAAUGUCUUUGAGGAAGGAGGAUAAGAUUCUGCAGGAGUGUCAGAUCCGAUGGUGUUUCAGGAGAACAGUCCUUUACAAUCCAUUCAUUCUCUCUCAAUUCCUAAUCGAUGAAAUAAAAGUCCAACCUUGAAUUUUGUUCUGGAAUCUUCUGUUCCGCUUAAACUGGUUGCAAAUGCCGUUUCAUGUUGACUUGAACUCUUCUGGGCAUCUUUCAUCCUGAAUGUUUUAAAAAGUCUUGAUUUCUCAAACGCAUCUGAUUGUAUUGCCUACGUGUGCAUACGUACCUUGUUUUCGCAAAUGCACAUUAAACCACAGGUUUUUGAUCUGCAUAUGGUACAAACAAUGAGUAUUAUCAUAUUGUGAAUCUUAUUCAUGUUGUUUUGUUUUUUACUCUGUUCUGCCCUUUUGAUUUUGAGCGAGUCAGCUGUGGUUGAUGUUUUUUCCUUUGUUUUUGUUUUUUUUUUUUUUUUUUUUUAAAGAAAGAAAAGAAAAAGUGAGCGCCCUGCCGGUACGGCCGCCAUGUCUAUUUAUAGACACGUCCUCUACGUCUCAAGUUAUUUGUCUCCUUCCAGUGACUUGUCCUGGGAUUUCCUGCUUUCUCUCAUUUUGGGCUCCCCGCUUGGCAUCGUUUCUCCUCUCGUUUAUCCGCUCCAUCCUUUGGGCCUGUGUUUGAAAGAUAUGCUUUGGUUGUUUUUUUGAUUUAUUCAAAAUGUUCUCUAUAAUUUUAGGAUCAAAUAUUUGCCUGGGGUCUGCAAAUAGAAAUGGUGCUUCUCCCUGUAUUGGUCAUUCUACUUGUGGAGAGAGUAAUUUUUUGCAGUUUUAUGAUAAUGUCGAUGUGAAAGAACAGUGCUGUGGUUUAUGCGGCUCAUAGCGUCAUGAUUGUGCUCACGGUUUGCAAUGCAAAUGAGUCUCUGUAGCAGCUUCACGGUGCGUCCUGUUGCCAGACCUCUUUUAUUAGUGUUUUCCUCUCUGCCUAAAAUGCCAAAUUCCUCGAGUCAUUGGUUUCUUCUUGCUUAAUCAGUGCUUUUGUAGUCCACGCUGCUUCUAGCCUUAAAGAGAAGAGGAAACGUGGGAGUUUUUCUGCUGUAUAUUUGAUUUUUGGAUUCUAUUAAACUGUUGGUACUCCG